AGUGAAGUCAGACCCUCUUCUGUCUCCCAGGGCUGAAUAUUAAAGCUAUGGUGGCAUUAGCUUCCUGUGAUUGGUUGAUAUUUUGCUCUGGCAGAAAUCGGCACCUGUUGCUGUAUAUUACUCUGUAGAGACUGAGCCAGACAAGAGGCUGAAGGCAAGACGGCUGCAUUCAAGCCCUAGCAAGACUACCUGGAAGUGACAUGGCAACAGGCACCUGUGAGGUAUUGGAGAGAGACCUGGAGUGUCCUGAGGCCAUAGAAGAGCUGCCAGUGCUGGGAGAGAGCAUUCCAAGGCUGUCGAGGGAGGACGUGAGAAAAGAUGCUGAGGUGCCACAAAGCGAAGAGGAGGUAAACAACAGCUCACACGGGAUAGAGAAGGAGAGAAACAUGCUGCACGUUGUUGAGAAGGAUCUAGACGAGUUUGUGGAAAGCAUGAUUGACACCCCAGUCACAGAGAAGACAGUGACGAGGGUAGAAAAGGUAGAGGAGACAGCCAGCUCUGCUUCGCCACAAGUUCCCAAGACUCUUCCCACGAAAAGGAAGGCCGAGCCCCGCACCAUCGGCCCCAUGAAGGAGGAGAGCCCCUGGGAGGGGCUUACCCUCAACAAGUGCAUUCUGGUUGCCUCCUUUGUCACUCUGCUAAGCAUGGGCUUCCAGGUCUUCCAAGACAUCAUUGACGUAAACGACGAGGUUCCUGAAACACAGCCCAGAGUGUGGGCCCAGCCCAAGCGCAGCCUGCCCGAGGAUGGUGCCGGCGAGAAGGGAGAGCUGUGGUUUUUCAAGAGCUGGUUGAGCUGGUUGGAGCCGGAAGCAGCAGAAGAUCCGGAAGCUGAGGUGGAAGGAACGCAGCGAGACUCCCCAGCCAGGGCAGAGCCAAGAAGAGGCCAGAAGAAGCCGAGUGCACUGGAGAAGGAGGAAGAGAAGCCCAGAGAGAGCGUGGUAGCUCCGCUGGAGAGAGGCGGCAAGAAGGAGAUGCAGCCCAAGGACAGGCCCCCAGAGCGCCAGGCCAGCAAAAUGCACAGGGUGCCCCCAGCAGGCUCUGAAGAGGAAGAGGAGGAGGAGGAGGAGGAGGAAGAGGUGCAGCAGUGCAGCAACAAGAGAGUCCGUGGGGGUAGGGAGGGGAAGGAGGGCAAGCGGAGGGAGAGGAAGGGCCGCCACCCCAAGCCCGACUCCCCAGCCCAAGGGCCAGGCCGCAAGGAGCACAGGCACGAUGAAAGCUGGAAGCAGGACUCCAAGCAGCAACGAGACGAGCACAAGGGCCGGAAGCCAUGGGAGCAGCACAAGCUCAAGGAAGGCAAGAGGCACGACUGAGAACCUGCCCUCUCGUGUCUGAAUAUUCCUGAGCAAGGGGGUUGAACAACACUGAAUCUGGGGAGCACCCAAAUUCCCUGCCCCCCCCCAGGCUCCAGCCUGAAGGCAGUGCUUAAUCAGCCCAGCACCAGCCUGUCCUUUCAUCCCGGAGAGCCACGCUCACCUGUGAGAUUUGCUGGCGAUUAUUUUCCCCUCCAUAAACAUUGCUUGUUUGCCGAGUUUUCCCAGGAAUUAAACACACCUGCCAUUGA